AUGGACCAACAAUUCUCAUUGUCUUGGAACAAUUUUCACGGAAACCUAACGAAAGGUUUCGCCGGUUUACUGGGAAACGGUGAAUUCGUCGAUGUGACAAUCGCUGUGGAAGGACACUUGCUGCAGGCUCACAAGUGUAUACUAUCAAUAUGUUCGCCUUAUUUCAAGAAAAUGUUUCAAAUGAAUCCGUGUCAACAUCCUAUAAUUGUACUAAGAGAUGUGACACACAAAGCUAUGAGGGAUUUACUACAGUUUAUGUACCACGGAGAAGUGAGCGUGAAAAGGGAGGAUCUCACUAGUUUUAUAGGCACAGCUGAAGUGUUACAGAUUAAAGGAUUGACUAACAAAGAGACUGAAGAUGAUGAGAGUGAGAAAGAGUCCGAACAAGAGUCCACAAAGCAUAGCUUGGAGACUCAAAACAAUAGACUUGAUAGGAGCACCGAACCCGACUCUGAAACAUUUGAAACUACAAAUGAGGAUGCAACCCUAACAGAUAUGAGUAUGGAGAUACUCAAACAAAAGGAGUUUAUUGAAAAACUACAGAAACUUAGCAAUUUAAAACGUAAAUCUGAUGAAUUUGUAUCCAAGAGUUACUACUCAGAUCUUAUGAACACAGGAAAAAGGAUUAAAAUGAGAGAAAAAUACAAUAAACCAAACAAUUUUCUGUUACAAAGUAGUAAUUUUGAAGAUGUAAAUCGUAAAGAUUUUUACGAUGAAGGUCCAUUAGAUAUUUCGUCACCUCUUAAGCAGCAAAUAAAUAUGAACAAAGAGAUUAAUGAUAAAUGUAAAGACCAAACUUCUAAUGCAUUGGAAUUGAAAACAGAAUGCGAUGACAUGGAUAUUAUAGUCACUGACCCAGCUGUCUGCACUACGCCUAAAAGUUUUGACGGAUCAAGAGAUUUGAAGAAGGAUUUACCAAUGCCUGUGGGCUAUCAGUCUCCUCAGGAUAAUUGCCCCAGUUUGAAUUCUUUGUUCAUGGAUCUUAAAAACUUAGUGAACGGUAAGGUGCCUGAAAUGCUGCGAACCAACACACAGGAGUUUCCAAGGCGCAUGGAACAUCAGCUGAUAACAAUCCCCCAGAAAGAGGAUGGGAAAAAGAAAUAUCCCCAGAGAUCUUGCAGACUCUGCUGGAAAAUCGGAAAGCGACGAGAUACAAGAUUCAUGUGUAGUGCUUGCGAGUUGCCCUUCUGCAAAAGCCCCUGCUUCCAAAUACACUUUAAUGAUAUACUCAAAGUAUCUCAGUUUCAAGGCGACUAUUAUGCAGCUUAAAAUAUAUUUUAGUAUUUUACUUAGGUCCUCUGUAGAGGAGUUGUAAGACUAUUUUUAAAACAUACUUUUACAUAAUUUGGCUGUUGGAGCCCUGGGUUACACAGAAAAUUAUGAAUCAUAGGUUCAAAACUAGCUUGGGGACCAAUAGGAUGAUAUAAUCAAAAGAAGUAUGUUUCAUGAAAUUAGUGUAUAAGAUGCAGAAUUUAUGUAAUCAUGAAGCACAAUAAAAUAAGUAAUUAACUGUGAUAAUGAUGGUUAGCUCUCAAGUGCCAAUUAAAUACAGAAUAAUUAUUUUUAUGAGCAAAAAAAGUAAAAAUGUAUCCAUUUUAAUUUCGUGCCAUCAUUUUUCUGCCAUACUGAACAUAUAAAAGACUUCUAUUGCUCAUUUUCUAGUCUAUUUUUGUAUUAAGGAUUUUGUAACUCAUUUUGUCAGCUGAUUGUAAAGUAGGCUUUAGUGUUUAUAUUUUUUUUACCCAUUUUUAUUAUAAUGAUCUCUUAAGAACAAGUUGAUUGUAAUUUUGCUUAUGAAACAAAAUGCUAAUUUGAGGUUUACAUUCCAGAAUUUUAAAAGGUUUUUAAUUCAAAAUUUAUGGAUUGUUAGCUCAAUUAUUGAUAGAUUAUGAUGACAUAAUCAUUCAAGUAAGCUCUGAGAUUUUGCUAUUUUAUAAUGUGUGAUGUUGAUAAGUGUGGCUUAUAAG